CAAGUGUAAAUACUAAUACAGACUAUUGUGUUGAUUAUUUUGACUUUUUUCUUGUUUAUUUAACGGAUAUAUGCAUGGUCAUGUUGUUACUUGAUAUUUUGUAACUUGCUCAGAAUGGAGUGGGAGUCUCAACGUCCAAGUGCACCAUCCACUCCGUCCAGUAUGUCAAGUCAGUCAACUAGCAACAGUACAGUCAGAAACGAUAAAAUACCUGCUCUCAAACAGAUAUCUCCUAGUCCAUCUGUAUCAACUCUGUCAAAAUUAACUGAUGAUGAACUUAGAAGAAAAGGUAUUGAAGAUUUAAUCCGCAUACUAAGAAGAAUUGAAGGUGAUUAUAAGACUCUUCUGAGUGAACAUGGAAAUAUUGUUAAAGAUGUAAACAGAAGAUUCCAAAUUUUUGUUUUGGAGUUACGAGGCUUAAAAGAGGUAAAUCAGAAGCUGCAGGAUGAUAAUCAAGAGCUUCGUGAUUUGUGCUGUUUCUUAGAUGAUGACAGGCAACGAGGUCGUAAACUGGCACGUGAAUGGCAGCGAUUUGGCAGAUAUACUGCUAGUGUCAUGAGGAGUGAAGUUGCUGUUUACCAAGAGAAGCUGAGAGAGCUAGAAAGCAGACAAACAGAACUGAUAACUGAAAAUGUGGAGCUCAAGGAGCUGUGCCUAUUUCUUGACCAGGAACGGUUGCGUAUGACAGGAGACAGAGAUGAGGGAGAUGGUAGCAGCAAUGGAACAAUAGCUGGGCAUGAGGAUGGUGUAGUUGCUAUGGAUACAAAUGGCUCAACAACUCCUACUCCUGGCAUUUCAUCUUCAAAUACCUAUUCAACUUCAGGUUCAGUUGCCAAUUAUAUUCGAGAACUUGAAUUGAAAGUUCAAAGACUUGAGGAGGAGAAAAACCUUCUUACACAAAGAGUGGAUUUUAUUGGUCCUGACUGGAGGCAUGCAUCUUCUGAAGUGGGAAACAUGGCAGUAUCUAAUAAUGACCCGUUGUUGCAUGGGUCUGUGCCUGGUCAUGUGAAGUCAUCAGUCUCUAACAAGCCAGAAGCUGUUGUGCAUGCUAUGAAGGUGCUUCAAGUUCAUGAGGAGCUUGAAAAAAUUCCUUACCAGGAUGAAGAUUUAGAUGAUCCAGAAAAAGCUAUUGUUAGAGAAAUGUGUAAUGUUGUUUGGAGGAAGCUGGGAGAUGUAGAGGAUGUGGGUGCCUUCAAUGAAACUUCAGAAAGUUUUCUAGAUCCACCUUACACUUUAACUUCUCAGGAAAAAGCGAAUGUAGCACCUGGGCAAAAGACACAUCAGCAGCAGCCACAGAUGGCAAGUACUCCCCUAACAGCUGCUAUGAAGUCAGCUUUGUCAAGAAACCAGCAGGGAUCAGGCACAUCUAAUCAAAUCCCUUACUACCCUAACCCCACCAGACCACCCGAAAGGCAACCUCCUCCAGAGCAACUGUCCAGUCAUUCAUACCUUCAAAAUCAGACAGAAACUGCUCAUAGGGCCAGGGUGGACCAUGGAAAUAGUCAACAUUUUCAUGAAGAGCAAAAAAUCCAAGAAAAAUAUUAUUCUUCAAAUAUGCCACUGGAUUCCAAAAAUAAAUCUGCCAGUCAGUUUUACCCUCCUAAUCCUCCUCAUUAUUCAACAUCGCAACCAUCCUUGCCACGAUAUCAAGAUGUAAAUAAAUUUCCUACUCAGCAUGUUUCAGAUCCUAUCUCAAGAAUACCUCACCAUCCAGCCUCGUCUAAAAACUUAAAUAAAUCUGUUGAUCCUGGGCACUGGAAUGCAAGUCAUGGUGAUGCUUCUAAUGCGGCCCCAAUGCAACGAAAUCAAAAUGCACAAAUGCAGGAACCAUUCAAUUAUUCAAGGUACGGUGGUGGUGAUUCCAUUGAUAAUUAUGAAAAACAAUCUACUCUACACCAAAAGAUGGGAAUGAAAUCAGAAAAUAUCAGGGAUGAAUUUGGGGGUCAUUAUAGCUCUUCCAAUACACAAACUAUUGUAGAAAAUUUUUCAACAGACAAUAGGAGCUCUUCAGAAAAAGAAGGUCAGAUAAAAGUAUCAUCAAGGUCAUACUCAUCUUCCUCUGCACUAAAUCAGCCAGUCCCUCAAAGUUCAAAAAUGACUUCUGCAUCACAAUUGAAUUUAAGGGGGCCGGCCGGAUUCCGAGCAUACCCACCUCAGCUAACUUCUAUGCCCACACAACCUAUUGCUUGGCAAGGGUCAGCUAGACCUCCAGACAUAGGGAGAAGCAACUAUGCACAGGAACCUCCAGCUAGAGCUGCUCCUUAUUUGUCAGAACCGAUGCCACAGACAUCUGUUCCUACUAUGCAAGCACGAGGUGUGACAACAAAGAAGUUUCAAGAGCAAGAGUGGAGGCAAACUUAUCUAGAUGAUAGUGAUACACUUUAAUAGUGCUGCAUAAAAGUUCUUACAUUUCAACAAAGUAUCUAAGUCUGCAAAUAUGCAGUACACUACAGAUUAACUUCUUUAAUGUUUAAAUAAUAAUCUGUAAGCAUUAAAAAAAAAACAUACAAAAAAAUUACAAACAUACAUACUCAUAACAGUUAUAAGACUCAUUGAGUGAGCUGCAUAGAAAAAAAAUCUUUGAUAUUAUGUUUUGUAUAUAUGAUGUUUUAAUGAAUGCAUGGCAAGAACUUUUUUUUUACACUCUAUUGACAAUCAGUUUUGUUUAAUGUAAUGUGAGUCACUUGUGUUGUCAGACUUAGUGAGUCACUUGUGUUUUCAGACUUAGUGAGCCACUUGUCUUGUCAGACUUAGUGAGUCACAUGUGUUGUCAGACUUAGUGAGUCACUUGUCUUGUCAGGCUUAGUGAGUCACUUGUGUUGUCAAGUCACUUGUGUUGUGUAAAGAAAAUGUUGCAAGUUUCUGUAUCUGUGGCCAGAUCUUGUUUUUUGCCAACAAAUGUCUGCUGGCUUAACUGGUGAAGGUCCUACAAUGCAACUAAAAUAUUUCAUCCACUGGAAUUAUAUUUUGGUCUUUGAUUCUACCACCAAUUAAUUUAUUUGUCACCAGGACUGACUGUGUAGAACUACUUAAAACUUAUCUUGCCUAAUAAGUAACAAGGUAUGAUCAAGAAAUGGUAUCAGUGUUCAUAAAUUGUGCUCUAUUGUUGUGAACAUUUUCUUUUUACCUCCAAAAUAAAGUGCCUUUUUUAUCUACACCAUCAUUUAUUUCUAAGAUUAUUCUUAUAGAUUGUGUAAAUGAUGCUAAAACAUUACAGAUUGAGAUAGUAUUAAUAUCCAUAAUAUUUGUCUAUGUUAUGAAAUCAUUAUCCAGACCACAUUGGUUUGUUUUAAAUUUGUUUGAAAUGUAUUGACAUGACUUUCGAUUUGCAUUUCAAACUGAUAAUUAUUUUUGUCAAGUUUAAUUUUGCAAAAAAUGAUUCAGAGCUGUCACUUUGAGAUGUUCAUUUCGACAUAUAGGCAUUAAGAAUGAUGCUAGUCACUGGACUGAUAUAUUAGCCUUGUAAUGAAAAUAUUUUAUAUACCAGUAAAUUAGAUUUUGUAUGAUAUAGUAAAAACUACAUUUUGUUGAUGCACCUGCCCUACUAGUUUAUGUUAGAGGCUUGUGAACUUUAAUGAUGUUAGUAGAUUAGCUGAGGUGCCUCUUUUUGAAUGUGUGAAGGAAAUCUUAUAUUUCUAGUUGUAAUUAACUAUUGACAUUUUUGGCAUUUAAAAUGUUCAUCACCAAUUGAACAUUGUCAAGGUAAGAAAUUAAUUUAACACUAUGAUGCAAGUGCCAUAAAUGGCUGUAACUUAGUAUUGUAAUACUAAGCAGUAUUCAAUAAUAUUGACAUCUUCGUUAAGAAAAAUGAUGCUUUGUUCAGAGGUGCCAGUCAACACAUACAUCCUCCUAAACACCAUGCAAUGAAGGAUCUCAUUUAAUGUUAUUUGUAAUCUUUGUUUUACAUUUAAACUAAAGAUUUCUGGUUAACAUCUAUUCUUUUUUUAUCAUAGCUCAUUAAUGUAGUUUGUGAUAUAAAAUUAAAUACAAUUUCUUGAUUUUCAGCUAUAAUAUCUACAGGAAGGGGCAUAAACUAUUCUUGUAUUUUUAGCCCACCAUUUCUGGCAGAUAUUCAAUUUUUAAAACCAAAGUGGAAGGAAAGGAGGGAGUCAAAGAAAAAAAUGUGGAGUGAUAAUUAGAAUCUAAAAAUUUGAUUGUUAUUUUAGUAGGAAUCUGCAAAAUUAUAAAGAAACAAAUACUAUUUUUUACCUAUUGCCUAACAAGAGAUAAAAAUAAGAGAUAUUUUCUAGGAAGAGUGCUGUAUGCUAGCUCCAAUGCUUAACAUUUGCUACAAGUCUUUUAAAAAAUGUCCCUCACAUUGCAAUGAGUAGAUAGUAGAUAUAUUUUAUAGUUACUAUUUUUUUUAUAAUUGGUUACAAUAGACCAAAGAUUACAUGUACUGUAAUAAAUUUGAUAUUGAAAACAAAAAUAUGCUUACAUACAACAUUUUGUUAACAUUAUCAUCUAACAAAAUAUACUAUUAAGUGUUACUCAUUGUAGAUGUGUGUUUUUCUUUUGAACACGUUUUUGUUUAAGAGAUAUAGUAUGAUUUUUUUAAAAAUCUAAGUGUAUAUACCUAACAUGACAAGAGAUAGCUGCCAACUUAAGUGCUAUCAUCCAGACUAAAUAAUUGUUGUUUUAUAUUAAAAUCAAUUUUCUUUUAUAAAUCAGAGUCCUUGCCAUUAAAUGGCAACUUAGGGUACCUAGUAUUUUUUUUUGCCUGGGUGACCAUGUAUAACAAUUACAUUUGUUCAAUUAAUAUUGUAAAUAUGUAAAUACUGUAGAUUAUUAAUUUGUCUGCAGUUGCUAUAUUGGUAGACUGCUUACGUACAUGAUAUUGAAUUCUACACAGUUAUCCUGGUUUACAUUGCUACAAGUAGGGAUUACUCUAUACUUUUGUCACUUGCAAUCCAUUUUCUAUGGACUACAAUUUUUAGGUCUACUUUAAGUUGAACCAUCAUUUCACUCAAAUGCUAUUAGUCAUUUUUUUACAUUGCAACUAAAACUCUGUAAUUUGAUGUAAACCACAUAUGUUCAUUAGCAAUAACAUGUAGAAUUGUUGAGAUAGCCACCAUUUUAGGAAGGCCUUAUGGAUUAUAUACCGAAUAUGCAUUCAAGAAAGAUGCAAGAAUAUUAGAAUUAUCCUUUUUACAGUAUACACUGAAUUGAAUAAACAUUGUUGAUACUUAGUUGCCAUAUAUACAUUAUUAUAAAUGUUGAUUAAUGUUUCAGUGUAUCACAAUGUCAUUGUAUCUAUUUGAAAGUUGUUUUGAUUUUGCAAAUUUCCUAGUCCUAUUGGUUUGUACUUGCUGUGUUGAACAAUUGAAGUUAGUUUUUAUACAAGCAAUUUGGAAUAAAAGUUGAUAAAAUUGUAUUUGUUUGACAUCAAUGUAUUACUAUUAAAAAAUGAUAUACUUAAUUCUGAACUAAAACCUUCACAUUUUUCUAAGUAUAAAAUCUUAUUUUUAAAAAAGGGGGAAAUAAUUAAGACAUGACAAUAAGAAAAUAUUCUAAAAUUCUUUUAUUUAAAAAAAACGGUAUAGCAAAUCUCAAAGUAGAAAGAAAAUUCUAAAUCACAAAAUCACCACACAUCAAAUUCAUGAAAAUAUGUGUCCUCUUUCCAUAGUCAUUAUAGCACAAUUACAUAACAUAGAGAAAAAAGUUUCUAUUUUUAAUAAAUUGAAAUUCAGUAUUAGCAUUGCUUUACAUAAAUAACAGUAUUAAAGUAUAUAAUUUGAUUUACUGUUUGCAUUAUAAAUAGGCUAUAAAUAAUCCCAAAGAUAAUACCCAACACAGCUACAAAAUAAUCAAAGAUGGAAAGACAGGAGGUUUAUAAAAGUAAUUCUGGUUUUCUGAAAUACCCUGUACUUACUUCAAGAAGUAAAUGCAAAUCAACAUGAAAACUAUAGUAGAGCAUUAGACUC